UAAGAAAACAAUUAAAAAACUCUAAAGUACGUUUUUUAGAAAGCUUGUUAAUUUACUUCAUAAUGGAUCUGACCUUAAGUCAGAGGAAAUGCAAAAAAAAUAAAUAAACAAAGCAAAGUCAAAAGCAUGCAAAAAGUGAAAAUGAUGAGGCACGACUUUAUAAACAUAAACAGACAAAAAGAAGAGCAAGAAAAUGUAUAGGGGGUGUUUUUGGCUUAAAAGGCCUACAGAAUGGAGUUUGAAGUGAGCAAAAAAUCAAUAAUAAAAUAAAUAACAAGAAAAAAGUCAACAGCUUGCUAUAAAUCUAGAUAGAACUUUAAGAAUAAAGGUCUUUUAAACAAACACAUUUUUAUUAGAACUAAAAUAUUAAAGAGAAAUUGUUUUGUAGCAUAAAUUAUACAAUUUAAAAUGAGCAGAAAGCUCAUAACAAAUAAUGAAAUAAAUAUAAAAGACAAAAGAGAAAUUAACAAUGAAGUGCAAAGAGUUAACGGGCAGACAAAAUGAAGAGCUAAGUAAUUUAUGUAGGGGUGUUUUUCCCACGAACUCCACCAUACCUCAAGCUGCACUGCCAAGAAUGGAGUUUGAAGUGAGCAGAAAAUCAAUAAACGACGUCCUUUUGUUUCGCUUCCUGACUUGCAGCCAAAAAAUGUAGAAGCUCCAAAAGCACACCCCCAACAAACAAAAAGCAGAACAGAAGCGGAAGCGAAUCAAUUGUUUGCCCCGAAAUACUGGGCCGACUGCAGUGACACAAUUUUGGUCGAAAGCUACUCGACCAUAAACUAAAAACUGUCAUCCGCCCAGCUUACUCAAUAUAUUUUCGUUUUCCGCUCUUGUUUUUAUUUAUUUGGUUUUCGGUUCUGCUUUUUUUUUUUGGGUAAGAACAUUUAGCACAGCAAACUAAAUUUAGCCAGCACGACGUCGACAACGAUGAGAACUUACAAAAUCUGUCGCCAACUGCAGGCAAACUUUGCGACCGCGUAGCAGCAGGAAAUGUCCCACGACUAUCAAUAGCAAACACGCGCGUCGUCUAUCCAAAAUCAAUCCAAAACCGAAUCAAACCAAUACAAACCGGAAGCGAGGACCGAAGAGAGAAUACCCAUCAGUUCCUAUGCAGCUAGAGCCGAGUUUAAAUGAAAUUGAGCAAGAGCCUGGCAAACUGUCGCGCCAUCCGGCGCUAUUUGCUCAUCUUCACGGCCGUGUCCCUGCUGCUCCUGCCCCUUUCCCUGGUCUAUCUGGUGUGGAACGAGCAGCUGCAGAAGAUCCGAGGAUUCGAGGACAGCAACCAGACACUCCUGCCCCUCAUCCCCGAGUAUGCCGUGCAGACGCUCACGCCGCAGGAAAUGCUCCAGGUGGAGCAGCGGAUGGACCAACGCAGGGAGCGGCUGAAGGACAAGUGCUCCUCCUACGGCCUCGAUGUCCUAGGUCACGACUCGUGGCACACCCCAAACACGUGGGAAUUUUUGGUCAACAAGAAAUAUCACAUUAUCUGGUGCAAUGUCUUUAAGGCAGCCUCCUCGUCCUGGAUGUUCAAUUUCAAUGUCCUGGCCGGCUAUUCACCCAGUUAUUUGCGCAAAACCAAAAAGAUUCUCCUCAAUUUGGCCAGGGAGCGCUAUCCACGGGUGACCCUCGAUGAGCUGCGUGAGGCGCAGAACUACUCGCUGACCUUUAUCAUCGCACGCGAUCCCUUUGAGCGACUAUUGAGUGCCUAUCGGGACAAGAUGGUAUUCGCUCUACCCUACUCCUUCCACGAUAAGUUGGGACGCAGCAUUGUGCGCAAUUAUCGCAAGAAGCCCUCGCUGGCUGCUCGUGCGGCCAACACAAAGUUCCCGUCGUUCCCGGAGUUUGUGCACUGGCUGCUCGACCAGGUGAAGCGCGGCAGCUUCAUCGACAUGCACUUCGUGGCAGCCACCUCCUUCUGCACACCCUGCCUCAUCCGGUUCGACAUGAUACUGAAGUUCGAGUCGCUGGCGGAGGAUCAAUUAUAUCUAAUCGAAAAGACUGGCCUGAAGCGGGUGAUAGCGCCCGUGUGGCGAAAUAUGGGCAAGGGCCGCAAGACGCACGAACUCCAGCAGCAAUUCUACGCGCAACUGACGCGCCAGGAAAUGCUAGAGCUCUACGAGUAUUACAAAUACGACUUUGAGCUGUUUGACUACGACAUCCAGGAGUAUCUGCAGGUGGCCCGGCCGGAUGAGGCGGGAAGUCCCGCGGGCACAAAGAAUUAACCCAGCUCUGAAAUCUUAGACUUUGCUAGAAACCAAUGAAUCAAGUUCAACGAACUCACAUAUUAGCCGUCACAGUACGUAAUUGCAAAUGUUGAUAAUACUGAAGGAAAACAAUAAUAAACUUAACUAUAUUUAAAAGCGAA